CAAGCUUACAAUACGCCCUUAAUGCUAACAUACUCAUUUAGUUACUAAUUACUUCUAACUAACAGCAAUUAACAAACUAUACUGUUAAAUUACAUUAAUACCCCUAAUAACUCCUUCUCCUUCUCCUUCUCCGCUUCUCCGUCCCUUCGGACCUUUCCUGUCCUCUCCGUCUCUCUCUGAUCACCCUAAUCCGCACACCAGCUGUCAUCCUCUAUCACCUCCUCCAUCGCCGGCUUGCCCUCCUGCAUGGUUAACGUGUUUGCGAUCUGGUGAACAAAACUGCCUCCCGCCUUCUGUUCGAACUCCGACCGGCGAGUCGACGAUGACCACACCAUUCCGGCUGCAAGUCUGUUACAGCAGGCUAGGAGUUUACGAUAACCUACACUGCUACAGCACACACUUCUCCGUCUCCGCCUUCGGCUGUCGCAAACCUCGACUUCGAUUCUCACAUCUCUGGUUCCGACUGCUCACUUCUCCACGUGCUACUCUAUUAAACGAAAUAAGCCCUAGGCGGAGAUGGCGUAGAAGGUUAUUCAUCAUCCGGUACUAUUUCUACCUCUUUUGUGUCGUCAAUUGGAGGGUUGAUAUGAAAUCUUUAUGGAACCCUAGACGCAAGGAAAUUUCUUUAGCCAUCGACAAGUAUGGUGUUGUUGAGUUAUCGCCAUCAGAGAUAAAUGUGGUUGUUCCAUGGCAAAAUCUGAAAAACUAUUAA